GCCUUCGACAUCCUGCCGUGUAAUUCGGCAUUGUCUUCGGCAUAGUGAGGCCAGCUCUCGUUCAACCUACGCGGCAUGUCUCUUGCUGGGAGAUCGUGACGGCGUUGUCCCACCAGCAAGCUAGAGUCUCGGCCCAAAAUCCUCGGCGAUCCCAACUGUCUUCAAAGUGAACCGCAAGCCCCUUGUCCCGCCGAUCGAUCUCGCAGACGUUAUUUCAUUUGCACACAGUCACAAUGACAGCGGCGUUCGAGAAGCUGGAAAGAAGGCUUGACCGGCUGGAGAGGUUCUUCUCAAAAAAGCGGAGGGUACAGCCUGACUCAAUCGCCAUUGGGGAUGGACCUAUAUCACCUCUUUCUCUCUCACCAAAACCGGGGGCCGUGUUCCAGACGUUUCCGCAGCCAUCCUUCAUCAGGCCAAUGUCAACGCGGAUGUUGGCUCGAGAAGAAAUCGCCUGGACCUCGAAAUCUAAUCGUCGGGCUCAGAGUCUCCCCGAGUCUCCCAGCACACCUCGCCUCAUGUCUCUAACAGAUUCCGCGAACGAACCAGCCACGACUCCAGUUUCAUCCGAUGAAAAUUUUCCUUACAUCCCUCAGCGCAUCUCCUCACUCAGCCACAGGCAUAGAACGGCUUCUCUAGCAGAGCUGCUGGAGUUCAGCUUCUCCAGCGAAAACCGGAAAAGCGCCGAUAGCUCACUGUCUUCUCCAAUAUCCCGAUCGCGGCCCACCUCCAGAUCGAUAUUACGGCCCACCUCGCCUUCUGUGUCACCUAAAGCCCAGCUCAACAGGAAACGCAAUUUUAACGAACUUCGGGUGGAGGGUUUGAUCGCACAGCACCCCGACCCAAACACGCCACCACUGUCCGCCCACCAGAACAAGUCAUUUGCUUUGAUGCAGCUACAGCACAGGAUGCUAAUCCCCGAGCUCCUCCCGUAUGGCAAUCCGACGCCGGAAACCUCCCCUAGGCUUGUCCCGCUCCCUGAGCCGGAAGCCGACGAGCUUGAGCUAGAUCAGACCGUGAUGUUGGAGCGACCCAAGAGCCUAGAUGCUUCGGUUAUGGUCCCUAAAGCGGCCAUUUCGGCGUUGCGCAAGUCCACAAGCCUCUCAAAUAUUGUAGCAGGUGCGGCCAUCAAGCGCGAUCCUAUCCUCAAGGAACCGAGCUUCAGCGAUUUUCUCUCGCUAAGCGACGAUGACAUUGCCGAUGGUCAACCGGUACCUCGCGCCCAGCUCCCCGCAGCAUCGGAGCCUCCAAGCUUUUCUUUACCACCCGACCCUCCAGCGCUUGUUGCAACUUCCCUCAUCGCCAACGCUUACCCGCUUCUCACACUGUCACCACCUUUGGCCACCAGACCAGCAACUGCUGCAGCUUUUGAGGCUGCACGUAUUGCAGCUCGGUACGGGUUUGACCUCGUCUACGUCGUCAACUUGUGGCCUCACCACAUCGCUUCGUCCCAGCAACGUCCUGUCACGAAGAAAUCGUCUUUCUCGUCUCUGUCGACUUCCGCAACCGUCUUGCAUACACCGUCCUCGCCGCAGGACUCAAUGCUGAGUGGAACUACUUACGUCCCUAGCACCGAUGGACAAGUAUCAGCUGGCAUUGACAAGCCAGACAAGCCACGCAUGAGAAUGACUGGCCGCUUGCUGGCAGCGUAUGGCUUGCCAUCAAUCAUGUUCCCAUUCCGAAUCUCGGCGCCGGUGCAUCAAAAGAUGCUCAAAAACGAAGGAUGGCUUGAAUAUAGAAGCGACAAUGCCGCCGCCGACGAGUUUGCUCGCGGCUACAGCUGCUCCUUCUAUACUGGCUACAACCUUGACGGAAGACUGAACGGCUUCGAAUCCGAGGCGGAUUCUGACACAAAGACACGGAAGCGCAAGGGGCGAGCUGCCAACCGCGGGAUAGUCUUUUCAGCAUAUAGGCUUCCCCGCGCUGACGGGAGCAGCCUUGGAAGCGACACCGAGGAGCUGGAGGCCCUCAGAAGGGACGCCGAGACCCUCGUCGAUAUGUUGAUCGAUAUCCACAUGACACAAAGACAGAGACGGCCAUCUGCGCCAAAAUUAGAGACCGGACCACUUCCGGAGCCGAAGACACCAACCUAUUCUGACUGAGGAAGCCGUGCGCUGUCCUUGCCUGGCUCCUUGAUGUUAAUGACAGAACGAUUGAUGAUGUAUGUGCUGGCCGAAAUAUGGGGUCUUCUUUCCUUUUCUUACCGUCGUCGAUUGGAGCAAAGGCUCUGCUCCAAUUUCCUAUUCGACGCUUUGAGACCUUCACAGAGACAUACUAUACCCAUGUUUUACGGCCACUUUGUAUGUAGAUAUGAAUGGAGAGCCUCAUCGGCAACGCGAGUACGAAUUUGAUGGCAGUUAUCCCCAUAUCUAAUCCUACUUGUCCCACAGCUACAAUAAAUAUCUAGAGAUCACAGAGAGCCGAUCUGGUAAAAUAGCUGUCUAAAUAAGUCGCGACUG